UCUCCAUUUCGGCUUCGUUUAGGCAAUGUCAAAAUUUUAACUCCUGGCAUUCUAAAUUCUGUACAAACUGAAACAUGCUCAGACUCGCGAUCGCGUGUGCCGGGCGACAAGUGCUAGCCCCACAAGGACUAUCACUCCAAGCAAGGGCGGCAUUCCAUUGCUCUAGCAUGGUAUAUAAAAAGAAGCGAGAUGAGCCGGACUGUCCAGAAUCUAAAACUGUCGAGUGCCGUACGCUUAAGUCCAGAAUAUGCAGCCCAACGGACCCUCCCGUACGGCCUUGCAGUGAAGAUGACUGCAUUCCAGAAUCGAAAGUGUCUUGUUGCGUGAAUUCGCGCAUUGCGAAAAGUCCUUGCGAAGAGUCGCGCAAGAGCUCAGAGUUUGUGAAGAAGGAAGAGACCUGGGUUAGCAUGUGGGAGUCGUAUACUGAUGCACAGAAGAAAGCGCAUGCUUCCAAAUGGGGCUAUCCGCCGGAGUGCUGUCCUACGUGCGACGAUGUGCGCUUCGAUGUGCUUUAUUAUCGACCUUCCAACAAGUGCCGUAAAUAUCAGCGCACCUGGUGGGAGUGUUGUCCUCGCAUGGUGCCCAAGCGGGUUUGCUGCUGGUGCGAUGCCCUGCCGCCUGAGCCACAGCGUCGUUGUCUGCCGCUCUGUCCACGCUCGGCCUGCUCCAGUGAGCAUGAGAAGAAACGCAUGGCUUGCAUCAAUAAAAAGUCAAAUGGUUGCAUGCGUUUACUUAUGCCUUGCUGUCGGGCCGCUCGUAUUCCGCCCCGUUGCACAUUUACACGUCCCAGAACGGUCUGUGUCAAACCGAAUUGUCCCUUCCCGAGCUUCUCGGAGUGCAUCAGGGAUCCGUUCCCGGACGAACCCAAUCGCGAGUGUGACUGCCUUACUGGUAAAUUCCAAUGCCUUCAGUUUGAUUAUCUAAAGAGAAUGCAAAAGAAUCGAACCAAAUUUUGCCCAUGUCCCGAUUGCCCAGAACCCCGUUCUUCAGACUACUAGCGUACAAUUUACAGACUAACGUAAAUAGUGCGAUAGUGUUCUGAAGAACGAGAGAUCUAUAGAUAAUAGUUUAAAUAAAGUUUUAUAUUG